UUAAAGACCGUUGCAGCGUCCCCGUGGUCACGCAAUGAAAAUUCAGCCACACGGCAACCGGUUCGUGUUUAUGACGGGCUGCGGUGAUCCCCUUCUGCAACCUUUGAAAAGCCAAGCCAAAGGGGAAGCCAGUCUUUUAGCAACGGUGUUACUAAACGAUUGCAGCGAUUCACUUAACAACGGGGCCCAGAAAGGCCAUCAAACGGGGCAAAAGUCACUUAACAAUUGGCUUCUUGCCGGCUGGGGGAAUUCUGGGGGUUGAAGUCCCACAAGCCUUAAAAAGGCUGCCAAAGUUGGACAAACCCUGGUUUAGACGAAUCCGUAGUAAAGGACCCAAAGAGAAAGACAGACCUUGGCUCGCGAGUCAGAACAGGCGCUGGGCGUUCUUGCACGCCUUCGGGUACAGGACAGGCAGAAAUCCCACCGGUGCCAUUGCUGCCCUGCGUUGCUUUGCAAGGAAAUCGCGGCACCCGGGAAGGAAACGGGGUCGUGAGCAGCAGCAGCACCGCCGCCGCCGCCGCUCUCUCCUCCCUUGAGCCCAUCUAGACGUGCCCGCUUCGGAGCCCGGCUACGGCGCGCCUGGGCGGAGCAGGGCGGGCGGCCGGGCGGAGCGAGGCGAGGCGAGGCGGGUCAGCGGCGGGUAUAAGCAUCGGCCGGGGACGGGCGCUGGGCCGGCGGCGCUGCGCGAUGCUGAAGCCGGCCGUGGCGGUGAGCGCGGUGAGGCUGCGGGCGCCCUCGCCCCCUCGGCGGCAGCGCAGUCCGGCCAAGGCUCGCACGGUAUUCAAAGUGGAGAUCGUGUGUAACGGAAGGAAGCAUUGCGUGGAGAAGCGCUACAGCGAGUUUUACGCACUUCAUAAAAGGAUCAAGGGGAGCUGCCAGGUUCCCGACUUCCCACCCAAACGGGUUCCAAACUGGAUGGUGAAGGUUCUGCAGCAACGGAGAGCGGGAUUAGAAGCUUAUCUGCAGGGCGUCAUCUUGCAGAACCAAACUCUUCCCAAGGAACUGCUUCAUUUCUUGAAGCUCUGGCAAGGCCAGCAGGAGCCCCAUUUGGCAUGGGAGGAGAACUCUUCCUUUCAGGACUUCAGCCCCUGUGCCCAGCUCUCUCACCGGCCUGGCAUAAGCUUCCACAGCGAUCCGUAUGUGCUCCCAUCUUCCACAGAUCUGCUUCCGAAUAUAAUCCUAAGCGGUGUCCUGCAGGGCCUCUACACCCAAGACCAUCAUCUGCCUGGAAGCAAAGCUCUUAAUGGACUUGGGGCUGCAAAGGACAAUGACAGAGACGCAUGGAGUUGCUGUUCUGCUCCUUUCCUUCCUGCCUAGAGAGACAUGGAGCUGCCUGCUUUGCAAUUUUGUCCCUUGGAAGGGGAGACACCCCCUCCCCCCCCCCCAGCUUGUGUGGAAAAAACAGAGGGAUCAAGGACACAGCUUACUGAGCAUCUUCUUCCGUUUCACCAGGGGAACAGGGGAAGAUCCAUAGUAGAUUCUAGACUUGUUGAGUAGGCUAUCCAUUAAAAUCCACUGUAGUUUAUUUCGGCUACGUCUCUUCAGGAGAAUACAGCAUCUGGAAAGGUCAUUGGUCUUACUUAGGAAGACACUACUAGUAAAAUAAGAGUUUCUCAACCA